AUGGUGGCCUUCGAUCUCAAGUCUGCGCUAUUCAGAGUAAUUCCAUGGUUUGAGCAAGCUGCUUUCAACCGCGCUUUUGUAGUGCUCAUUACGCAGCGCAAAUACCUAGUGAACUAUCAAAUUUCGCAAACGUACGGAACAUUCCCGUAUCCAUCCCGCUUCUGCACUUCCUAUCACUACUUCCUAUCACGACUACUUUGCGCUAUCAUUCUGCUUCCAUUCGUCAUAUCAGCUGGUCUCCAAACCUCCUCUGCCAAGGUCCACUUUGCUUUUUCCAAUAGCAACCACCGGCGGGCUAAGGAAAGAGCUAAGGAAAGAGUUUCUAUCAUGCACUUCCGCUUUCGCAGAAAUAUGAAAGUGGAAAAACAAAUAUAUAAUAGUCAACCACAACCCCCAACUUGCAAAUACAUGAACGACCAACAACUUCACCGCUAUUUUCAACAGCUCCAUGCAAACAACACCUAUCUAGGGUGGCACGACAACGCACUUCCAGGGCCGGGUUCUUUCUUUUACAAUGACUCGAUGUACGUCUGGUCUCACCCACUGCAGCCUGGACAUGAGAGACCAAUGCCAAUGGUCCUUCAUAUCGUGGGACGUCUCUCCAACCAAGGUAACUUUACCAGUUUAAGUGGCAGCGUGAAUGCCCUGCUUAACUCGCCCGCUGGGUCGGACAAACUACGGGUCAAAAGUAUGCGAUGCACAGCGCUAGUCGGUCGACCUCGUGCGGGUGCAUUUCCCCAAGAUUGGGAGCCAGCACUGACUAAAGUGAAACUACUACAAAAGGUGCUCACUCGAUCCAAGUCUGAACCCACAUGUUACCUCUGGUUCAAUGAGGGGGGUGGCCUCGCUGAUACUCACAUGAAGGUCGGAACACCUUGCUUUCGACCUCGCGCGUACGGCGAACAAAGUGACGGCCGUCUAACCGAUCUUAUACCUGGGAAGGACCGCAGCGACCCUCGAUGGGUCGAGGCGUCACAAGCCCUCGCAGUCGCCGACUUCAAUGCAAUAGAUCAUACUGGAACUACACUGCCGGAACCCUUGCUCCCUCAUGUUCUUAGUGGCGCCACUGUCGAUAUCGCAUUCAGUUUGCGAGGUUGGAAAUUUGGUCGUGACACAGUGUGGGGCUUCACGGCCGAUAUAAAGCAAAUUGUUCUGCUUCGUCCUGAACAAGUUGAACCCAUCUACCAGGGUAUCACACCCCCAAGGGCUACCAGACACCCUCUGCCAUCGAUACCCAUCUCAUCUGUGCAAAAUGGGGACUCUUACAGCAAUUAUGCCAUGCACCAUGGAAAUCCAACGCCUGCGACACCAAAUACUUUCAUUCAAGCACACCAUGCCAACGCUAACGGCACGUCUGAUAUGCUAAGCGUGCUCGGUCCUACCGAUGCACCAACUCAUCGUUCACCGUACCACGGACAAAUUUCACUUGACGGUAACGGCUCUCGCUCAAACAUUGGACAGCCAAGUGACUUAAUGUUGCGUAAUCCAACUUACACGACGUUCAAUCCCCUCGAAAGCUCGUUUCUAGGGCCGCACGCUACAAACGAUAAUCCGUUCAACCAACAGGUGUUGCUACAAGAGGCUGAUUACAUGACGGCCAUGUCAUUGCCUACUCCUAUAUCACCCGCGCUGCUGUCAGACAAGACCAUCACACCAAACUUUGAUUGGGAAGAACCAGAUCCCUCAAACCACUUGCCCAUAUUGACUCAGGGCUCUAACUUGGACGACACUCCAAAGGAUAAACCAACAUCAGAUACGAGCAACAGUGGUGAUCGCAACGGAAACACCUCCUCUUCCUCAGAGUCCGUCAAUUUGACCGGAAAGGGUAAAAAGCACACAAUUCCUGACGACAUCGCUUUCCGCACGACAUCGGCUAAAACACCGAGACUGGAUAACGUCCAAGGAGCAAGUGCCAAAUGA